CGUGGUCUGCGACUUUUCCUGCUUGUUCCUGGACGUGCAGACGAGCACGGGCUCGGACUUCGCAAAACAAAACAAAACAGGUCCAAAGAAAACAAGAGAGAGAGAGAGAGAGAGAGUUCUGAUCAGCUCCAGUGAUCCAGUGCACUUAUUUUACACAGAUAGCGUACAAGUGAUGGCGUAUAACUUUGCAAAAAAACAACUCGCAUGGAAAUAAUGCGUUUCCCUGAUCCGCCAUUCUGCGGCUUGUGUUUACACUUUAAUGUGAAUUAAUUCACUUCUCUGGUUAUUUACUGGUGUGUGUGUGUGUGUGUCGGUGCUGCAGUCAUGAUUUUAGAGACACUGUCACGAGCAAACUUCGCUUUGCGCUCGAGAGUCCCAGUGAGACGAGUGCAUCAUUCGUCUGAUCUUCCUCCUCCUCAGCCAGUUCCUCCGUUAGCUCAGACUCUGCAGCGCUAUCUGCUGGCCCUGGAGCCACUGUUACCCCCGGACGAGCUGCAGCACACGCGCAAGACGGUGCAGCGAUUCGGCAGUGCGGGGGGGCUCGGAGAGAGACUGCAAAGAGCGCUGGAGAAACGCUCCAAACACACACACAACUGGAUAUCAGAUUGGUGGGUUCAGUGGGCGUAUCUGGAGAGUCGUCAGCCCCUGGCUGUUCACUCCAACCCGGCCAUCUCGCUGCCCCGACGUGACUUCAGCGACUGGAGAGGACAGCUACUGUUUGCAGCGAAGCUCAUCUCUGCAGUGCUGGACUUCAGGAAUAAAGUGGACAGUGGGAGGUUACCUGUAGAAUAUAUGCGAGGCAGGCCGUUGUGUAUGGAGCUGUAUCCUUGUCUCUUCUCGUCCUGUCGUGUUCCCGGACCCAAGCAUGAUAAUAUGAUUCAUUAUGGCCGCCCACGCCGUGGCCCCACCCACAUCACCGUGGUGAGAAACUACCAGUUUUUCCAGCUGGAUGUGUACAACAGUGACGGCACGCCCCUCACUCAGAGUCAGAUUCACUCUCAGCUCUGUCGGAUCCGAGCUCAGUCCUGGAAAACCGAUAAAGAGCCGAUGGGCAUCCUGACCAGUGACCACAGACACACGUGGGGCCAGGCAUACACACGCCUACUGCAGGAUAAGAUCAAUAAGGAGUCGGUGAGGCUGAUAGAGAAAAGUCUGUUCACACUGUGUCUCGACUCGCCCGUCAUGACCAUCUGCGAUGAGAAGUACUCGAGCAGAAUGGCAGCUCAGAUCCUUCAUGGAGGCGGGACUUACUCCAACAGUGGGAACCGCUGGUUCGAUAAGACGUUACAGUUUGUGGUCAGUGAGGAUGGAUCGUGGGGUCUCCUGUAUGAACAGGCCACAGCUGAAGGGCUUCCAAUAGCCACUCUGCUGGACCACGUCCUGCAGUAUUGUAAGAAGCCCGAUACAGUCCGAGCUCCUCUGGUUCCUCUGCCCAUGCCCAAGAAGCUUUACUUCUACAUCGACCGCGCCAUCAAGUGGGACCUGGAGAUGGCCAAGCAGAACCUCAACAUCCUCAUUAAUGAUCUGGACAUCAGCUGCUUUAACUUCCAGCACUUUGGGAAGGAGUUUCCUAAAAAGCUGCAUUUAAGCCCCAACUCCUUCAUCCAGAUGGCCAUCCAGCUCGCCUACUACAGAGUGCACGGGGAAGUGUGUGCUGCCUGUGACAUCGCAUCACUCCGAAUGUUCAAAGGAGGACGCACCGACUACAUCCGCUCCCCGACCAAUCAGACGCUGAGAUUUGUGGAGGCUUUUGAUGACCCCGCCCUCUCUAGGGAGGUGAAAGUGGAGCUGCUGCGUGAAGCUGUGGAAGCUUACAGUCAGCUGACAGACCAGGCGCUGAAAGGUCAGGCUAUAGAUCGCCACCUGCUGGGUCUGAAGCUGCAGGCCAUCGAGGAGGGACUGAGCGUGCCCAGAAUGUUCAUGGACACAGCUUAUGGACUCGCUACACACUGGAAACUCCGCACAGGACAGGUUCCCGCUAACACGGACAGUGUGAUGUGUUUCGGGCCUCUGGUUCCGGAUGGUUACGCCGUGUGUUACAAUCCUCAGCCAGAUCAUCUUCACUUCUCCAUCACCGCCUUCAACUGCUGCGAGGAGACCAACGCAGAGAAACUGGCCGUGACCAUCCAGAGCGCCCUCCACGACCUGCACCAGUUACUGCAGCCGGCAGCAUAGCUCUAAAACACGUCCUCCAUACCAUAGAACAUCCACACUCCAGGAAGGAACACUGGUAGUUAGUAAGAAAUGAUGUAGUUUGGUGUCAGGAUCAGGAUCAGGUAGGGGGCGUGGCCUAGAGUUUGAAUGCAUUAGUAUUUGGAUGAUGAUAAACUAUACAAACUGCUUCUGUCUACAUCAUAUUAAGGUGAUUUGAGGCUAAUGAGUGGUUAGCUACGUUGGCCGUGUAACUAACGAAGCACGCUUCAGACACUAAACAUGCCUUGAGUGAAAUUUAUGGCGUAUUUUAUUUCUUUAAGGCGGUAAACAUGCCUCAUUUGCAUGUUAACUCAUUAUGGCAUAAAUAAUAUUUCCUAAAUGGAGCUUUAAAAGCAAAGCAUAAGCCAAAAGCAGCUUGUUUUUCCUCCUCUCUCUCCAUUGUAAAACAUUUUAAAAUGCUCUGUGUGGCUCGUUUCAAGUCUUUUGCUCAACAAAAAAACGAUGACUUUACUGUCUGAAGGGAAAGGAUAGAUCUAAAGGUUCUGAGCAGCGUCUUUUAUUUACACUGGUGCUGUAAACACACCUUACUCCACUAUUUACUGCUCAGAUUGCACAUUUGACAGUGUCAUGGCGUUUGCAUUAUGGGAUUUCUCUUUUUGUCUGAGAAAUGCAUGUUUGAUUUCACUAUUUUUCAGUAAACGAUAUGCGUAAGGUAUCUGCUUUCGUCCGAAAGUCACAGCUCAUGUUUGGAUUUGUGCUAAAGCAAACAUUUGUAUUUGAUAUCUAAGGGUUCUGUGUAUUACUCAGUUUUUGGGAAAAAAAAUAAAUAAAUAAGAAAUUGUGUA